UGAAAAAUAGCUUGUGACAGGGUUUUUCUCGGCCAUUAGAAUCCCACAAUGCACCAUCCGGAUAACGUAAGCUUGUCGAAAUGUAACAGGAACAGGACACCUGGAACCGGACGAGAAGGAAAAUACACGUACAAUUUCAAUUGUAAAUCCAAUUCUGUGUUGAACGUAAACAUUGAUAAUGUUGUGACUUAGGUCUUCUUUGUCAGGAAAUCGUAAACUAUCGACACAAUGCCGAGUGAAGCCGCUGAGAAUUACAGGACUCCGCUGGAGGAACUGAAAAUGAACAGCAAACCACAGAUCAGCAUGUUGACGAUGUUGGCAGAGGACUAUGAGCAGAACGCUAGUGAGAUCGUCCGUGUGAUUCAGGAGCAGAUUCAGAAGGUCUCGGCUACCCGGAAGCUGCCCAUUAUGUAUUUGGUUGACUCCAUAAUAAAGAACCUGCCCGGGACGUCGUACCCAAUGAUUUUUGCUAACCACAUUGUUGACAUAUUUUGUGGAGUGUUUGAAGAGGUAGAUGAGAAAACCAGAACGCAGCUGUACAAGCUGAGGCAGACGUGGGUAGACAUCUUGCCCAGCAAACGACUUUAUGCCUUAGACGUCAGAGUACAGACCAUCGACCCCGCCUGGCCCGUCACCGCCAAGCCACCAGAGCAGGCUGUCAUACAUGUCAACCCCAAGUUUCUCAAGCAGCCCAAGGAUAAGAGUCCACAGUUCAGCCCGGUGCAGUCCGAGAGAAGCAGCCCAGGAAAUGAUGAGUGGAAAGAGGAGCUGCUGGCCAAAGAAAAAGAGAUUCAGACUCUCCGCCUGGAGCUAGAACUUGCGGAGACCAAGGCCAGACUGGAGCAGCAGAAGAAGCAGCUAGAGCAACAGCAACUUGCUGCCAUCCAGAAGGCCGGGAAAAAGUUUGUGUCCCGAGAGCCGCCGGCGUCUAUCGCACUGCCUCCCGUGAGUUCCACCAAGGCGGCUCCGCCCACCAAGCCUGUGUCCAGAGACCCUCGCCUCAACAGGGACCCGCGCCUCAACCGGGACCCGCGCCUCAAGAAACAGCUGGAGAAACAAGAGCAGGCCAGACAGCAGCAGCUGCAGCAGGAGGAGGAGGAGAUGGCGGUGGUGUCACUGACGCCCCCCCCUACAGCGGCACAUGUGACACAGGUGGAGAGUUUGCCCCCCGCGGGAGCCACGGCUACUGCCCCAGCGGACCCCCCAGCUCCCUCUGCCUCGGGACAUUCCCCCAGAAUGGAUCUAGCCACGUUGCUCAACUCUUUCACCACAGCGGCCGCCAAAGUCGUGGCGGAGCAGUCCAAGAAAAAACCCAAUCUCCCCGCCCCGCCCGUGUCGCCCACCAAGGUACCAAAGCCUGAUCCCCGCAUGAAAAAAGAGCAGGUGUCCAAGGCACCAGUCUCCAGCAAAGAACUGCACAAGGAGGUCAAAGUUGAGAAGAGUAACAGUGACAGAGCUAAGGAUCCUAGGCCAGCAAAAGAUAACAAGGUCAAAGAGAGAGAGAGAAAGAUAAGUGGGAAAGAUGUCAAGUCUCAGAACUCGUCCAAAGAGCCCCGGUCGCGGGAGAUGGUCAAAGACAGGAAGAGUCCUGCCUCGGACCUCAAAGCUCCUGACUCCGGGAAGCACAACAGGCCCCAGGACUCCGGGAAGGUCAAGCCUCAGGACAGCGGCAAAGAAGGCAAAAGUUUCGACCCUCUGAAAGACGACAAGCCUCAGGACUCUAGCAAAGACAGCGGCAGAUGGAGCCAGGGGCAGAAAACAGACAAGGACAGGAGGGAGCCCAAAGAUCUCGACGGUCAACGCUCGGCCGAGAGGAGAGACAGUCGGGAAAAACGGACAGCGGCGCCGGAGAGUGGGAGGAGAAGCCCGAGGAGAGGUUUCCGGCGCUCUCCCCCAGACUACAGGAGAGUCAACCCGAGGGACCCCAGACCCAGCCACAGCCGGGGGAAGGAGCGCGGUCGGGGCGAGGUUCCCGUCAUCAUGUCUUCGGACGGGAAGACAGACCAGUUUGGUCGGAUGCUUCGCACGGAACUCGAUAAGGGCCCCAGUAGCUCCAACAGCAGGGAUAGGUCUCCCAUCGAGAGAGACAGAGACAGGGUGGCUGACGACAAGGAAGUAGUGGCCAAGUCAAAGAAACCUGUGGAGAAGACUGACACAAAAGCUGGGGCCAGAACAGAAGAGCAUGUGAAAGUAGAAAAUUCAGAGAUGGAGAAAGAUGAUGUGUAUGUGUCACAGAGUGAUAUUGAGGAGGAGAAGAAAGAGGAAAAUGAAAUGGAAGAAAACUUGUGUGAAGAGAAAGUUGUUGAAGAGGUCAACAAAGCUGAGAAAAUGCAAAGCGGGACAGAAGAAUGUGAAGAGGUUGUGAGUGACAAAGUGCCAGAAGUGAAGCAGGAGAGAGAGAAGAUGGAGGAGGAGGAGGUUGUGGCUGAGUUGAGACUGAAGGAAGAGCCAGCAUCACAGGAGGAGCCCCAGCAGGAGGACACAGACAUGAGGAUGGAGAAGACGGUCACAGAGGGAACGAAAGGAACAAGUGUCGUCCCAGAGGCCAGCCAGGCUGUGGAGGAGGCCGACGAUCAGCUUGUCAAGCUGGAGCCACGCGACCAGGACAUGGAGGAAGUCCAGGAGAACCAGCUCAAACGUCCCAAAACGGAGAAAGACAGCGAGAAGGACAUGGGGUCGGCGCCACCUCCCUACAAAAUUCCCAAGCUCUCCGAGGCCAAGAAGGCGGAGAAAGCAAGAGAAGAGGAGGAAGAUAUAAGCAAAUUGUUUGGGGAGGAGGAUGUGGACUACCGUAACCUGCCCGGAGGCCCCAAACCGCUACUGGUUCCUCCACCCAUGCCCAGCCAGAGUCUGCUGUCGCCCGUCACGCCAACAAGCAUGAAGAGCCCGGCUCAGCAGAGAUGGAACCUGUUCAAAGAGAACCACCCGACAGACUUUGCCCAGGACAUGGAGCGGAAGCGACUGAGGGACGUCCAGAUGCAGUCCAUGGAGAACCAGGUCCAAGACGUUGACCUGCGACCCCUCACACGGCAGCAGCCUCCGGCUCACGCUCACCUGGAGACCAAUGUCUCGAUACCAAAGGAUCUGUCAAUAGACAACCAAGAGCAGAUUUUGCGUACUGCGGAGCAGAAGUUAAAAGACGGUCGGAUUAGCCACUCGGAGCACCAGGAGAUUGUCCGCCAGCUUGGACAAGUGUACGACAUGCAGAAAAAACUGCACAGUGUCGGUGACUCUUCUUCCAAGACUUUGGAUCUGAGAGACCCUCGCCUCAGGGGAAGCAGGGAGGGGAGGGGGAUGUAUGGAGGAGACCAGGAGAGGAGAGGGCCUCUCCUUCCGGACAAAGAUUUUGAGUCGAGAAAAGGUCACCCAGCGGAUGUGGGCGGUAGGAAGAGAGCACUGCUUGAGUCUCGUAGUGGCUCGGAUGAUCCAGUACGUAAUUCACCGAGGUAUCGCGAUCCCAAGGAAGAUUUUGGGUCGGCUCAGAGAAGUCCCAAAGAAGACUUCAGCGGCAGACAUUUACCCAGGGAAGGUCAUAGGUCAGAUGGAAGGGUUGGGCCAGGGUUUGAGCGACGGCGAGGGCCGCCGGGCGAGUUUGACGUGAGGUCCCCUCGGGAUUACGAAGGUCAGGUUUCUCCCCGAGACUUUGACGAGAGGGUUCCGGGGCGCUACAGAGACUACGACGGCCACCACUCUAGAGACAGAGAGGAGUUCAUGCUGAGGACAUGCCGAGAUGGGAGGGAAGACAUUGACAGCAGAGCCCGCAGGGAGAGAAAUUUUGAUGGCCGCCCAAGACGAGAUAGAGAAGACUAUGACAGUCGCUCCCCCCGAGACUUUCAGGGUGAAGAUUUUGACAGACGACAGCCGCCUCGCGACGAACGACUCGCAGACCAGGCAAGAAAUCGCGACAGCCCAAGGGAUCCGUUUAACGAUGACUACCCAGAAGGGCCUCGUCGUAGACCCGAGUUCUUUGAUGCUGCAGACGAGAGGAGGAGACCAGAUCAUAGAGAGGAGAACAGAAAUUACCGGGGCUCCCCACCUUUCCGGGGCCGGCCAGACAGCGAGGGUCGGCACGGUCCAGACAGCGAGGGUCGGCACGGCCCGUACAGAGGUCCGGACGGUCCGCGGCAGCACGCCCCGCCACAAGGGCCUGCAGGGGAGGAGCCAGGGCCUCAGCCGGGCUACCCCGGAGCUCCCACGCGGCCAGGACCUCCUAGAGUUGCCGGCCCCGUCAGGCCAGAGAAUCCUCCUGUGUUGGAAGCUUCAGCGAUGCCGGGCCCUGUGGGGGCGCCUGUGAGGCCCCCGGGGCCUCGAGCGCCCGGCCCAGGACGACCAGAAAACGCCCCGCCAUUGGAGAAUCCCGGUAGAAUGCCGGGACCCGGAGGUGCCCCACCCAGGCCAGGAGGGCCCAGAGUUGGCGGCCCACUGGGACCGGAGCCUUCCCCACCAGCAGAGAAUGUAGGAGUGCAGGGACCUCCCGGCCAGAUGGCAGAAGUCGUUCGGCCCUUGCCUGCUGGCAGCGGUGCCCCGCCAGGUGGGCCCAUCAUGACGCCUGCCAAGAUUUCCGACCCUCUGGACGACCCGCGGUGGGCGGCCAUGAAAGGAAUUCUGGAGAAUGAAGGUACAGAAGAACUGGUGAUAGACGGUAAACCAUUUGAGCUUCGCAUGGGAACUUCUCGCAAGCUCAGGAUCUACGGGCAGGUGAUGGAUGUUGCUGUGGAUCUGAAGGAGCGAGGAAUCCGCAUCGACGGGAACUUGGUGUACAAGCUGGGUGAGCCCAUCAAAGAGGUGCCGGCCAUGGGCAAGAUGGUGCGCCUGUACUAUCACGGCCUGCCCAAGCCCAUCUGGCUGGACGGUCAGCAGCAUGAGAUGAGGAUGGACGCUCCGCCAAGGAAUGUUCUGAUAGACGGAGAAAAGCGAGGAUUCCAAAUAGACGGAAGAGACAUGAUGAUUUUAGUGGACAGACUGGAGAAGGGGUCCUACGGAGGCCCUCCCAGGAUGAUUCGGAUCGGUGGACACGAUCAUGAAAUAAGUUUCCAGGCUCCUCCCCGGCAAAUUUUGAUAGACAGCAAAUCUUGUAAGUUGAAGUUGGACAGCAAAAUCCCAUGUAUCAUAAUUGACGGCAAGCCUCACGGGAUCCGUUUUGAUGGGGAGCCCAGAACUAUUUUCAUCAACGAAAUGCCUUUCACGAUCCCCGUUGACAGGGCAGAGAAAGUCCGGCUGGGUGCUCGGCCCAUGUACAUCGCUUUUGGUGGGCCGGCUCAUGAAAUCAUCAUCGAUGGGAAAUGGUUUGAGGUCAAAUUUGACAACACACCGAAGGACAUUCAUUUAGGAAACCGGCACUACUCCAUACGGUUGCCGGGUCCCGUUCCCCGAGUGAAGAUCUUGGAUGAAAUGCCUCCCAAUUUUGACGAGUCCCGCCUGCUCUCCUCUAACAAAAUGGGUCCGGAAAAGAUGCAGAUGCCUGGAGUGAUGAGGCCCAAUGAAGUCAACCCGCGUAUGCCAGGAGUGAUGCGGCCCAAUGAUGGAAACCCGGGCAUGAACCAAGCGUCAAUGCCCAACGCUAUCGCUCAGGCCAAUGCUCCAGGCAUGAUGGGGCCGGCCAUGAGAGGGCCAGGAGGACCGGUCCGCCCCAACUUUGUGGGCAUGCAGAUGCGGGGGGCCGAGAACAACAUGCGGCUGUUUGGGCCGCAGCAGCAGCAGCAGAUGGUGCGACAACAGAUGAUGGCGGCAGCCGCAGGAAACCAAGCCAUGAUGCAAGGGCAGGGCGUGCCGGGGAUGGCCCAGGUCCAGAUGUCGAUGCUGCAGGGCAACCAGGCGGUCAUGUCUCAGGGCAACCCGGCCAUGAUGAUGGGCCAGGGAAAUCCGGCCAUGAUGGCCCAGCAGGGGCAGCAGGGGCUCCCGCUCGGCCUGGGGCAGAACCCACAGAUGGGGGGACCCAUGCGGCCCAUGAACAUGGGAGGCCCGGGACAGAUGGUGGGCCCGCAGAACAUAGCGGGGCAAGUGUUGGCCACCGCACAGCAGAACCCGGCACUCAUGCAGAACAUGAUGAACUCGGGACUGAUUGCCAAUCUUGCAAGUGGCUUGAGACAGCCAAAUCUCGCAGGCAUCUCAAACCUGGCUGCUGGUUUAGCCGCCUCCACCAACCUGAGCACGACGCGACCCCAGCAGAAUCUGCUCCAACAGUCGACCCACUCGGCGGCCAUGGCCACGGGCCUACAGGGAACCCUGUACACUCCACUCCACAAAUCGGGCGUGCCCGGACCCAGUGGACCGGCUCCUAGAGGACCAGCGGCGGCCAACGUACAGCCCAUCGCAGAACCCAAUCUCCCAGGUAUAUUUGGUUUGAAAAACCUUCUGCCCUCUGUGGCCUCAAGCACGCCUACGGAAGCAUCUGCGUCUAGCACCGGCGCGGCGGAUGCGUCGUCUGCGCCCAAAGCUCCCAUCGACAUCAACAGUCUGCUCAAUAACCUGCUCAAGGUCGGGCUCAUCAAAGAGCCGGGCAAGGCGGAGGAGAAACCGGCCCCGUCACUGGUGCCAAAGACAGAGGCAGCUCAGGUGCCAGCGCAGAAGACUGAGUCGCCCAGCUCCACCAAAGAACCGGCUCCAGUGAAGAAGAAAGCAUACGUCCCUGACCUUACAGGAUUUUUACCAUCGGAUCUGAAAAUAAUGCGUAAGUCUGUGGUGGAGACACUCCACGAGGGAAUGCAGUGCCACACCUGCGCCGCCCGCUUCACUCUGAGUGACCACGAGAAGUACCGCGCUCACCUCGAUUGGCACUUCCGGCAGAACAAGCUGGAGCAGGAAAUGGUGAAAGUGGCCAAGAACAGGAAGUGGUUCUACUCUAUAACGGACUGGAUUCAGUACGAGGAGCUGGAGGAGACAGAGGAGAAAUCCCGCAGUGAAAUAUUUGAACAGAUGAAGUUUGCGGAAGGAGAGACCUCGGUGCCGGCCCCUGCCAUGUUACGUGCCUUGGAAGGGAAGGAUGUCAUCAAGAACCCAGUGGCCACGGGGGCUGAGGGAGAGGACGUUUGUGCCACUUGUGGUGAUCCCUUUGACCAGAUGUGGAACGAGGAGACGGAGGAGUGGAUCUUGAAAAACACCAUCAAAGUGGACGGCAAGACGUAUCAUCCUGUGUGCUAUGAAGAUGUUCAAGAGACGCCUACCCCUGUUGUGGAUCUGCCCCACAACCCGCUAGACGAGCAGAUUGCUGCCCUUAGAGGUGCCCCUACAGAGGAAGUGCCGCUCACAAUCAAACCCGACCCAGACGCUGUGGAAGAAGCGCCGUCCAGUUCCACUUUGACCAGCCCUAUGGAGAUCUCGGCAGCCGUCAAGCAAGAAAUAAAAAUGGAAGAGGCCGACACAGCAUCGACGGCGGAGUUGAGUCGUGCUCCCGCUGACGUGCCAGCGCAGCGGACAGAGGUCUCUGAGGGCCAGUCUGCCGCUAGUCCUGGCAAACCGGCGUCGGUUCCAGGGGCAACGACGGGCCAGCAGCACGUCCCCACCACACUGCUCAGCACCAUCGCCAGCACGGUGCCGCGGGAAGUGAUCCCCGUCAGCCAGGAGGACGACCCCAGCACCGCCUGGGACGAGAUGGACUCGAACCCCACCCCCGAACUAUCGCGUACCCCGACUCCGGAACCCACCGCCUCGUUCACCCCUGUGACCUCCGCCUCCUACCAGUCGGUGGGCUCUGGGUCGGAGGCUACAGCCGUCUCUCUGGCCGCCCAGGACGAGGACCCCCUCCCGCCCAAAGAUCCCGCGGCAAGCGGGGAUGUGGAGGUGAAGAAAGAGCCAGGUGCCGGCGGCGACUCGUAGCCUGGCCUGUGUGUAGUGGGAGACAGGGGAGUCCUUUCCUGCUGUGCAUAAUGGAAGAUCGCUGCUAGUCUGAGACUGAGAGACUGACAUGACAGAAGGUAGCUGCUAGUCUGACGCUAGAGUCUGACAUGACAGAAGGUAGCUGCUAGUCUCAGAGACUGACAUGAUAGAAGGUAACUGCUAGUCUGACAUGAUAGAAGGUAGACCGAGAGACUGACAUGAUAUGACAUGACAGAGGGUAGUUGCUAGUCUGAGAGACUGACAUGAUAUGACAUGACAGAAGGUAGUUGCUAGUCUGAGACUGAGAGACUGACAUGAUAUGACAUGACAGAAGGUAGUUGCUAGACUGAGAGACUGACAUGAAAGAAAAUAGCUGCUAGUCUGACAUGAUAGAAGGUAGACCGAGAGACUGACAUGAUAUGACAUGACAGAGGGUAGUUGCUAGUCUGAGAGACUGACAUGAUAUGACAUGACAGAAGGUAGUUGCUAGUCUGAGACUGAGAGACUGACAUGAUAUGACAUGACAGAAGGUAGUUGCUAGACUGAGAGACUGACAUGAAAGAAAAUAGCUGCUAGUCUGAGACUGAGAGACUGACAUGAUACAACUUGACAGAAGGCAGCUGCUAGUCUGAGAGACUGAGAUGAUACAACUUGACAGAAGGAAGCUGCUAGUCUGAGAGACUGAGAUGAUAUGACGUGACAGAAGGAAGCUGCUAUUCUGACUCGAGAGAAAAACUUGAAGUGUGUUUUAGUUGACAUGGGGACUGGAGAUAAUGACCCGACUGUAUUUUUUAUGAUGAGCAAGUUUUGCUUGUGUUGUUGUUGGGUGAUAUAUAUGACUGGUGUCGAGUACAGAAAAAAGCUGUGUGAACGCAAUGAGGUGUCCCACAGGUUGUGGCAUUAUUUGUUGUUGUUUUAUAAUAAAUUGGUUAUUUUUGUAUCUCUGCAGUGGUUGACAUGAAAGACGUAUGACCUGAAACAGGUGCAAUAUGAUGCAUUAAAAGCUCUAUUUUUCAAAUUG